AUGGCUGAGAGUUUGCGGCUGACAGGUGGAGAGGAUCAAACAGUUAGAGCCUGGAAUCCUCAUCUGCCUGGAAAACCAGCGGGAAUGCUGAGGAGCCACACGGCUCCAGUGAUCUGUAUCCACACGGCUUCUAAGGAGAGCAGAAUAUUUUCUGUGUCCACCGACAACACCAUUAAGAUCUUUGACCUGGGAACCCACCGUUGUGUGUUCACAGCUUCUUCCAAAGCCAGCAGCAUUAAGGGGGAGCUUACAGCUUGCCUGUACCCCCCAAGGCCCCAAGCUCUGUGUGUGGCCACCAAUGUCGUGGCUGUCUUGCACAUGAGACUGAGACCUUCCCCAGAGCCCCACCCCAUGCUUCCCACUAAGAACUGCAGGUACAACCCAGUCUUCAGGCAGGAGGUCAGCUGCUGCGAAGGAUCUGUGGUUAAAAUAUGGGACUUUAAAACAAGAAGACAGUUAUCUGAAUCCACUGGGGCUCACGACCAGGCUGGGAUCACUUGUCUGACCUUUGACUCCAGCCAGAGGACGUUAAUUACUGGAGACAGAGAUGAUUGUCUAAAAAUAUGGAGCUACAAUAACAGAUGUUACAUGCACACCCUGAAAGAGGAUGAAAAACCAAGUGAACUCAGUGAUUGUACCUACAUGGAAGUGAACCAAAAUGAGUGUGUUAUAGCUGUUGAAUGGGACAGAAGAAUAAAUGAGGGUUUUGAUGCACUACGUGACUUUCAAACCUUUGAGAAGCCACAGCCCUGCUGGAAGGAUGACCAGAGCCAUGGGCCCAAGGAGGACAUCCUCUGUGUGGUUCAAUGCCCACUCUUUCUUCUGACCAUCUCUAGUUAUGAUGGAGAGAUUAUCCUCUGGAAUGUUCUCUCAGACCAUAUGUACUGCAAACUGAGCUCUCUUGGCCCCUUGGAUGUGGACACUGUCAAAGCUGGAAGGGAACUUAAAAGAUUGACUAGCUUGGCCCUUACCCGCCCAGACCUAAGUGUUUGCUCCCUCACCUUUGUGAAGACUCAGGCGGCCAAGCUGGACGCACCUGCUGCCUCUCUCAUUGCCAGGGGACCUGGAGGUGAGGUCAAGCCCCCUGGGAGGGAUGCUACCCCGCCCCAUUUCCAAGACAAGCCCCUUCUAGGCCCAAGUUUGGCAAAGAAGGGACCGAGACUGACAAGUUCCAACCACACACCAAGCAAGCAUUUCACUUGCUGCUAUGCAUACAUCUCUUUCAUGAGCCCCAUGCGCAUCUCCAUCCAGAGGAAAAGCCCAGGUGGACGCACCGCGGUAACAGCAGGAGAUGCCCUUGUCUACCUGGCUGGCCAGCAAGACUUUGUGCACAUCUAUGUUAUAGAGGAGUAUGGUCUGGAGGGACCAGAGCUGCAGCCUCCUAACAAUGUGACCUCCUGGAGGGCCCAAGUCAGCAUGGUGACAUUUUUGGAGCUGAUAGAGGAAGAAAAUGUUCUGCUGUCAUCUUCCCUCAAUGGCACAGUGCACCUGUGGACCGAGGACAGAGCGUACCUAGGAACCCUUGGGCAGAGUAACACCUGGGACAUUUUUGCUCCUGCAUCCUGAAGUCACCCAAGAGUCCCCUGUGAGAUUCUGACAGGUCCCCAGAGAUUGAUUCCCACAGUUGGAUAUUUGUUCACCCCCAUAUCCAAAAGGCUGCCAGCGCAGAUCAAGCCUUGCUUGAAAACACCUGAGCCUGGAUGGCCCAGCAUCUACCAGGCCCUCCUCUGCCAUGGCGUCACCUACAUGUCAGCCCUUGGGGAGCAGCCGGAUCUGUCCAUUAGUAACUCUGACUUGCAGAAUGUAAAUUUCCUUCUGCAGGACGCAGGAGGAAGUGGAGCCACUCUAGAUUCCUGA